GCUAAAUGAUGAUACAUCUUUUAUUAGUAAUUCGAUUCAAUCUCAAGGGAAACAAAAAAUUGUUGCGUAGAUUUUUAAAACUGACGUUAGUAGGAUUAGAUAUUGAGAAUGGACGGUGACUUAUGAAACUUUAUGUUUACUCACUCUGGCCAGGGACAAUUAUUAAUGAACGCAAAUAUUUUUCAAAUCUAUAGCAAAUCUGGAAUUGAGAAAUCGUUUGUUUUGAUGGAUAAAAGCAAACGAAGACGAGAGGAAUCUUUACUUGUUGAAUAAAAUUAAAAGAAAGCGAUGAAAUAUUAUGGAAAUUGUUCUUCUUGAUAAUCACUAUCGCUGGCAAUUUGUUUCGCAGGAUUUCAUACUCAUUAUCCAAUUAAUUAAACGUGGGUGUUGAUAAUUUUUUUAAAAGAAUUCCUUAUUUUUGUAAUGUUACGACCUCAUUUUGUGUUCCUCUUCAGAGUCGUGAACUUUAAUAAGGAUAAUAAUUUGAAAUAUGUUGGAUAACAAGUGAUAUAUACAAAAUUACAAACCUUACUAAUUAACGUUGAUUUAUCAGGCACAGAAUUGAUUGGCGUUAACGUUACCGAAAAACGAAUGAAUCUUUGCCAUUGUCAGUUUUUUCCACCGACAUAGUCACAGCUGAUAGGAGGAACGUUAUCGCGACGGCUGGAUGAACUUCACUUCCUCGAUCUUUUUUUUUUUCUCCUUGAUUGUCACUAAAUCAAGAAAUAUGUUUGCAAUGAGAUAGCAGCACGAUUAAAGUCCAGGCAAAGUAACUUCGCUUAAGAAGAUGUUGUGGACGCGUGACCAAAGAAAACAAAAGUUAACAAAAGAAGACAAUUCGAGCAAACACUUUGAUGGUACAAUCGAAAGUGACACGCAAAUUCUGCCGCUUGAUCGUUGUUUCUUCCGGUUAAAAUUCGUAUCGAAUCGUUUUUACUUGACCCUUGAAUAAGGAAGACGGGUCAAACAUGACCUAUACCCAUACAAAAACCAUAGUAUGAAAAAUGUCACACGAAAAAAGAAGAAAUAAAUCAAUGCAGAAUUUGUAAGCAUAGAAACUUUGAAUGUUAAUGCGCCUCUCUGUUAUUAGCCGAAGAAUAAUAUUAUAUUUUUCCUGAAUCAUUAUGAAUACAUUAGGUGAAACGAAAGAUAAUUUGCAUGUGUUUUUGGUGGAAAAUAACGAUUGAUACAACGCGUCAAUUUUCAUUCGCAACUUCAGCAUUUUAUGAAUUAAUCUCUGACUCGCAACUCUGAUUAACGUUAAUUCAUUUUCGAACACAAUAUUACGUGAAUAAGACCAUUUAUAAGCGGUGUAUUCAGUCGAUAAUAUAUAUACUGAAUUUGCAAAUGAAUACGAGUUAUCAUCUACUUUUUUUUUACCAUUCAUCGUCUACUUCCGCUUGAAACUCGAGUGAACCAUAAGCGUAUUCAUCUCAUUUGCUUAGCGUUUUGUUAUGAAUAAAUCAUGAAGAUUUGUUUCUUUUCCAUUCAUCUUCAAUUUUACUAAGAAAUUCGUAAACACUUUUUAAUCUGUACUUUGUAAGGGAAAAAAGCGAAAUUGAAAUAUUAUGCGUGUAUUGUAUUUACAGAUUCCCGGUUGUGUAAAUUCUAAUUGAAAUUAUACUUCAAAUUCAAUUGUAAUUCAAAUACGGUUCGGUUUUGUCAUAUUAGAACUGUAGGUGCGUCACGAGUCAGACUCGUUAAAAUAUGGCAAGGGGUUAAAGAUACCAUAGAUCCGUCCGCAGAGUCGGCGACGCACGGACCGUAGGCUCUAUACAUAUGUGAUACAAACAGGAGGUUUCUUUUUACUCUUUAGCUUCGUAGAUAACUUUGAAAGUAUCGCCAUAAGCAGUAAUAGCUAACACCAUCUAUCAGUAAAUCGAUGAAGACAUACUUAGAGUUCUAAGAUCGGUAACAUUGACACCUGAAUACCGAUAGAAUAUCGACGAGCAAAAUUGAUCUUACUUCUAACUAUGGAAGUUAUGGAACAUAUUUGUAGAUAGCGUUGCAAGCUUGUGCAGCAACUUGUGUAUCCUAACUGUGUGAUCCCAUAAGCCUUUCGUUGUGUGGGUUUGCGCACUGCUUGAUAGAAAGAGUAAGAGGAAAAAGGAAAAAUCAUUCUGUGAUAUUUGUUUCUCCCGUGUGACGCCGUAUUCGCGGCAUUUAUCUGCAUUUGACGUUGUUCGUUCCUUUCGUCGACAGAGAAGUCGAUUAAAAAGAGCUAACAGAAGGGCGUUGUGGCCCAAACCGUUUUUCUUUUCGAAAAGGUAUAGUAUUUUUCCACGAACUGGCCGAGAAUUUCGUCAACGACACAAUGCCGGAGGACCAAGUGAAGUCUCCGAUCGACGGUAUUUUACCGUUCUUACAAAGCAUUGAAUGGAAGGAUCCAUGGCUGGCAUUGUUAUUGACUUUUCAUAUUGCUGUUACAACCACCGCAUUGAUGACAAGGAACCAUGCCAAUUUUCAGAUUAUACUAUUUCUAGCUCUAUUACUCUUGGUAUACUUUUCUGAAAGCAUCAAUGAAGUAGCUGCAUCUAAUUGGAGGUUGUUUUCAAGACAGCAGUAUUUUGAUUCUAAUGGUCUCUUUAUAUCUGUAGUAUUUUCUGUACCUAUUUUGAUGAACUGUAUGAUAAUGGUAGCUAGUUGGCUGUAUCAAUCUAGUCAAUUAAUGACUAGUUUGAAAAGGGCCCAAUUAAGGCAACAAGCAAGAAACCGGCAAUUAGAAGAUGAAUCCACAAAUGCAAAUGGUACUGUUGUAAGAGAAAAGCAGGAUUAAGCUUUCUAGUCAGAUGACAAGAAGUGGCAAAUUGAACCAUACGCGUGUACAUUACUAUCUUACAAGCAGUAGCUUGUUUUUUUCUACCACUAAUGCGGUGGUGUAUAAUGGAAUUAUAAAAUUCGGCAAUUAUUCAACAUAGCAUUUCUGAAAAAGCUACUGCCGACAUAGCGAUUGCUGUAAUUCAUAUUGAAGUUGACUAGUUAAACUGUCGGUAGAUUAUGUUUCCAAUUUUGUGCCGUGUAUAUUAUAUAAUUAGAACGUAAAUUUGAAAUUCUUUAAAUCGUGUCUUAUUUAUUAAGAAUUAAUAAUAUACUGGAAUAGAAAACGAGACACGUUAUUCGAAAAUCACGAAAAUUGAUGCGAGGAUAUUAUCUUAUAUUAAGGUACAUUCCGACAGUUUUCUUUUAAGUUGAAAUAUUCAUUACGAAUUCAAAGUGUUCUUAAAAUAUCACUAUUGUACUUAUUAUUGUAACAUCUACCGCUUAUUACAAAAGUUGAAAAACUACGGCAUAAUUAGGUAUUAAUCGCUCUUAGAGUUAUACGUAAGUAUAUAUGCAUGUAUGAAUGAUAGUAUGAAUGAACAUAUGGUAUUGGGUCAUUAAGUAUGAAACUUGACCUACUGGAAAUAAACUUUUUCAUUUCGUUGGCAAGUAAAAAUAAUUUAUUAUUAGUCAAAUUAAAAGAUAUUCGGGGAAAUUCAAAAUCUAAAAAUUUACAUUUCGACAUUUGUAAAAUUUCAUACUUAAUGAUCCAAUACGUAUUUUGGAAAAUAUUAUCUCAUGAAAGAAAUAUAUAUAUACAUUGUAAUCCACCUUCAAAUUGUGUGUCGUGUAAAUCAAUAGUUUCUUGCCGUCGUAACCUUUAAUAAUUAAUAAAUAUUCUUCUUUAAA